AUGGCUCAUAUCGCCGAGAAAUUGAAACAACAAGGCAACGAUCUAUUCAAGGCAGGCGACUACGCUGCCGCCGAGGAGCAAUACACGGCCGCAAUCACAAAGUACUCUCGCAACCCUUUGCUCUUCACCAAUCGCGCCCUUGCCCGUAUCCGUCUCCAAAGAUGGCAAGGCGUCAUCGACGACUGUCUCAUAAGCAUAGACUUGACUCCUCGGAACGCCUUCAACUUCAAGUCCUUCUUCUACCUCGCCCAGGCACAACUGGCUCUUCACCACCCUAAUGAGGCUCUCUCUUCCGCCUUGACGGCAUACAAUCAAGCCAUGCAUCCUCCUGCUGCCGAAGCAAACAAAGCCAGCGCCGCCUUGCCCUCGCUCUCCGAACUGGUCCUCAAAUGCAAGAAAGAAAAGUUUGCUGCUCGCGAACGUGAUCGCAGACGGAAAAGAGGUGAUAUCCUGGCAGAGCUGGAGGAAUCUCUCGAGACAAACAAACGCAAUGAUCUUCAAGACAUUGAAAUCGCCCUAUCACAAUCCCGAAUCGGUGUAGUGGAGGCCCAGGAACGACGUGCAGAGACGCUAGACACACAUCAGAAGAAGAUCGACGAGCUAAAGACUGUAUUUGCACUGGCAGACCCUCAAAAUCAUCAACCUAGGGAGGUUCCAGACUACUUGGUGGACACAAUCAGUUUCGAAAUCAUGCAUGAUCCCGUCAUAACAAGAACAGGGCACAGCUAUGAGAGAUCUACACUGUUGGAGCAUCUCAAGAACAACCCUACCGACCCGCUGACCAGAGAACCUCUGACGGCUAGAGACCUGAGGCCCAAUGUUGCAUUGAGACAAGUCCUCGAGGAGUUUUGGAAGACGGCGGGCACUUGGGCAAUCGACUGGUAG